CGGCCGCCCGGCUCCUCGCCGCCGCGCCUGCUGCAUGCUCGGUGCCGCCUCAGCCCCAGCCGGAGGUGGAAGAUGGCGGAGCCGGGGCCGGACUGCGGAACCCUGCUCGACGAGGCGCUCUCCUCCUUCGUCUUCAACUACCUCGCUGACAGCCAGUAUGAGGUGUCUGAUGAGGAGCACCUCUACUCCGACUUCCCCGAGAUUGAUUUGUCCCAGCUGGAUGCCAGCGACUUCGACUCAGCCGGCUGCUUUGGCGAGCUGCAAUGGUGCGCAGAGCACUCCGAGACUGAGUCCAGCCAGUACAGCACCGACGACUCUGAGCUUUUCCAGAUAAUAGACAGCGAGAAUGAAGCGCUGCUGGCGGCCCUCACCGAGACACUGGAUGAUAUACAGGGAGAUGACGUGGGCCUGGCUGCCUUCCGAUCUAUGGAAGAGGGGGACACGCUCAACCAUGCCUACACCUCGCCUGCCCCCUCCCCCAAACCCACCGCCCCGGUCACGGGGGUGCCGCCCCCGGCCCCCGAGGUUGAUGAGCUGUCUCUACUGAAGAAGUUGCUCCUCUCUCCAUCGCCUCUGAGCUGUGAGGUGCAGAGGGAUGCGAGCGCCCGGCGCCCGGGGACACCCAAAUCUCGGCCCUCCCAGCCCUGCACAAAGGUGGAUGCUCCCCGGGACCGGCGGGCGGGUGCCCCGCAGAGCCGCAGCUGCACUGAGCUGCACCGGCACCUCACCUCCACCUCCCCCUGCACCCAGACCAAAGCUCCCUGCGCACCCGAGCAGCGCCACAGCGGCCACCACCAGCCGCCCUUGGGUGACUGUGCACAGCACGAGGACGACAGCGACUGCAGUGAGGACUCGCUCAGCUCCAGCGACGCGGUGCCCUCUCCUUCCUCGGCGGAGGGCGGCUCUGAUGGACGAUUCUCCUGUGAGGGUGGGCUGCACUCGGUGGUGGAGCUCAUCCGCUACAUGCACACCUACUGCCUGCCGCCCAGGAAGCUGCCCACCCGUGACACUGCUGAUGCCAGGCCCCAGCCCUGCAGCAGCCCCUUCAAGAGAGCCAAAGCAGACUGUGCCCCGCGAGAGAGCCGGCCGGGCUGCGCCUGGCAUGCGGCUGGGGCCUGCCAGAAACCCGCAGCCUCUUUCUCCAUCCUGAAGGAGCUGCUGGCACGGGACCUGCUGUGCGAUGUCAGCAAGCCCUACCGCCUGGGCAGGCCGGUGUAUGCAUCUCUGGCCCGGCUGCCUGCCUCCUGCUGCCCUGCAGUGCAGGUCCAGGAUGGGGAGGAGGCUGGUGGGGCCUGCAAAUCCAGAGCCAAAGCAGUGCCAGAGAGAGCAGAGCCACGGCACAGCCCUGGGACCGAGAUGGAGGCCACGCAGGAGCCUGGCAGUGUGGAGGUGGAUGGAGGGAGGAGUGCGAGCACCCCGGGCAUGGCUAUGGGGAAGGUGGCCCGCAGGCCCGAGAGCGCCGUGUACGCCGUCCGACGGUCCAAGAGACUCAACCCUGAGCUGGGCCACUGGCUGUCCUUCCUUGACGAGCCAUCCCCCAACCCCGCUGUGCCCCAGGAGGCCUCAGCCAGUGGGGAGCCCACUCUGUGCCCGCCACUGGAGGCCUUCCCUGCCGAAGAGCCCGCUGCCGAGGUGGAGGUGGGCGGCACAGAAGAGGGAGAUGGCAGGAAUGCGGUGCCACCAGCAGAUCCCCAGCCCCUUGUGCCGGCAUCCCCGGGGGAUGGUGAGAGCUGUGAGAUCCAGCGCUGUGCCCCCCAGCAGCAUGCAGAAACACCCCGGUGUCUCACGCUGUCCUUGGCGCAAACUGACUCUACUUUUGGGAAGAGAAACUCGGAGUCAAUGUUGACCAUGGAGCUGUGUGGUACAGCAGGUCUCACACCACCCACCACUCCACCGUACAAGCCUGCUGAGGAGGAUCUGUACAAGCCAGACAUCCCCCAGGACACAGGCAAGGAGGACAGCACAGUCCCCAGCCCCACAGCUGGCAGCACAGGGGACACAUCCACCUUUCAGAAAGCCACAAAGAAGCACCCUGAGAGGACAGAGCUCUUGGCCCACCUGAGCCGAGCUGCUGAGCAGCCAGGAGUGCUCAAGAGGCCCUUUUCACGCUCCUUUGGGGACCACGACUACUGCCAGGUGCUGAAGCCCGAGGGCACCCUGCAAAGAAAGGUGCUGAAGUCUUGGGAGCCCUCAGGCCAGACUGAGAUGGAGCACAAGAGAAGGGUCCCAGACACACACUACCAGGGGCUGGACCUUGGCUGCAAGGAGGCAGGCAGUGAGAUGGUGUGGAAGGAUGGCAUCAAGCAGCUGAGAGAUCAGGAGAUCAGAGCCAGAUUAACAAAGCACUUUGGCAUCCUGGACAGUCCUGUCGAUGACCAGGACAUGGCUUUCUGCAAGACCCCUGAGUAUGACGCUGUUUUUGACGACAGCUGCAGUGAAAGUGGCUCCCUUGUAGAGGAGGAGGAGGAGGAAGAGGAAGAGGAGGAAGAGGAGCACUGCGACAGCCCAUUGGACACCAAGCUGUGCCUGCGGAGAAACCCCCUUUCCAGGACCAGUGUGCAUUACUGCUCCCGGAGCAGGUCCAGCUCGGGGUCUUCGUGCUGCCGGUCCCGAUCCCCCACAAGCAGAUGCACCUUCAGGUACAGGUGUGGGAAUGGUGAGCGGUGUCAGGGUGGCAGCAGGAGCCGGGGCCAGCUUGAGAAGAAACGGGAAAAGGCCAUUGGGGAAGGCCGGGUGGUGUACAUCAGGAACCUCUCCAGCAACAUGAGCUCCAGCGAACUGAAGAAACGCUUCGAGGUGUUCGGUGAGAUCGUGGAGUGCCAGGUCCUGUCCAGGACUAACAGGGGGGAUAAAUACGGCUUCAUCACCUACCGGUAUUCAGAGCACGCCGCCUUAUCUCUGAAGAACGGCACCUCGCUAAGGAAGAGGAACGAGCCUUCCUUCCAGCUCAGCUCUGGUAGCCUCGGACACUUCUUCUGGACCAGAUACACUGACUUAGAUUGCAGCACGGAGGAGUCCUCCCCGGCGCCGGUGAAGAGCAAGUAUGAGACCAUGGAUUUUGACAGCUUGCUGCAGGAGGCCCAGCUAAGCCUGCAUCGGUAACAGCCUUAACCUUGGAGGAAUACCUCAAUACCUCAGUCAAGGCACUUCCAAUAUGUUUACGUUUUCAAAGAAAUUAUUCAGUCUAUGACAAGCGAGAGAGAGCGAGAGAGCGAGAGCACGCACGCGCGAGAGAGAGAGACUGCUGUCCCUUUCAAUCGAUGUUUACAUUGAACAAAGCUGCUUCUGUCUGUGAGUCCCCAUGGUGUUGAUGUCUCACUGCCACACAUUAGUCGCCCCGCUUCUGACUGGUUGUUUUAGGGUGAGCCUAGGAGCCCCCCCGGCCCCUCUCCCCUGUCCCCCUCCCCGUGCUCCCACUGUGGAGUUGCAGCUGUGUUCACCAUAACAUUUUUUGUCCGUAGUGUGUGAUGAUGAAAUUGUUAAUUGUGAAUAGAAUCAGGAUUAUAAACUAAUUUUUAAUAGAAGAAGAAAAAAAAAGAAGUAUAUACUUAAAGAUGUAUUUAUGGCUCAGAUGUACUGUAAUUCAGAUUUAUUGUACCGCUUCCUUGAUUUUUAACUAUGCACUGUAAUGAGGCACUUGCCACUGAGCAAAUGGGGGUCAGAGCAGAGCCCCAGAGCCAGCGUUCGCCCUCUGCCACGAGGCCACCCGCCUCCCUGCCGGGUCACCACGUUGCCGUCGAAGCCAUUCUCCUUGUUAGGGCUGAGCCCCAGCCCCCAGUUGCCAAGAGGGGCCACGGUGUGGGCAUGAAGGGAAGGGUGGUAAAGGAGUGGCACAACCACCUCCAGGCGUCCCCGCUCCAGCCUGCCAUGUGCAGGGGCAUGGCAGCUCCAUGUCUGCCCGCCCGACGUGCUGCCCAUUCUCCAGCCGGUGCCCCAUAAGCCAUACACCCACCCAGUACCUGGUUGGUGAGCCGGCUCCGUGCCCACCACUGGCACACUCCACACUGCUGCCUCCGUGCCCCAGCAGCGUGAAGGAAGCGUGGCAUCUUUGCUGUGUCUGUGGCUCCUGGCUGGCCUGCCACUGCUUGCACCAAUCCCUGCCUUUUGCCAGGGUCCCGGGCCACCCGGCAGCGCUGGAUGUAAGGCAUGCUCAAGCAGCGUCCCUGUGAAAUUUGCUUGCAAACUUGUCCCCCACCUCUGGGAAAGGUGGGAGUGGGAGAGACCCCAGCCUUGGUUGGAAGGAUCCCAACCAAGAGCAGGCCAGGGGGAAAGGAAAUCUCCCUGGCUCCUCAAGCCAUCUCCAUCACCCUCAUUUGCUUUCUGGACACAAGAGACCACUAGGGAUUCAGCCAUCCUUUGUAGAUAGAAUAUUAUAGCCUUAACUCUGUCAAUAGAUAGAUAGAUUAGAGUCUUCUGGGGUCUCCCUGGUACACGACUUAGGGUUUUUAUUCUCAUUUCCUCAGUGUGGACACCAUUUCAUCUUGAAGGCAGUAUGACCAAAGCCCCCAGAACUGCAGGAGGUUCAGUUCCAGGAGCCCUGCUUUGCCAACACAGCCUGUGGCUCCAGCCCAAGCCUGUCCUUGACAGAAGGGCUGCCAGCAGCCCUGCCAGCCACAGUGCCCACUCGUUUCUCACUGCCCUCAUGGAACUUGUGGUUCCAACAGCAGCAGUGAGGCAGUGGCACAGCUCUGCUGGCUCCCACAUCCACCACCAGAGCUGGUCAUGUCCUUGUGCCACUUGGCCAAGGUCUCUCCUGCCACAGGCCGUCCCCACUCCUGUCCCUGACCCAGCAUACACGAGUAACCCUGGCCGAGACUGAGCAUCUGCUAUUGGCAAUUGCCUCAUUGUAGCUUUGCCUUUUUCUGUCCUAGUAUUUCCUCACAACGAUGAUGUUUACAUGUGAUUGCUAUAGAGCUUAUGUAGAAUGUAUAUAGCGACACAUUUAGGGUGGGUAGUUCUGUCCUGUGCUGUGCUGAUGUUUUUCAGAAAACGAUCAAUCCAAAAAAAAAAAAGAAAAAAAAAACAAAAACAAAAGAAAAAAACAAAACAAACAAAAAAAGGCCAAGUGGAAUUCUUCCAUCUCCUCCUUGCUCAGCCAUGGGAGCGAGCCCUGGGCUACUCCCAACUAAAGGAUGCAUUAAGCCUGGCAGAGAGGAAGGGCAAGCACUGUGGGGCUGCUGGGUCCCUGAGGACCCCCCUUGGGGCAGCCCCUGGGUGCAUUGCCAGCAUUGAUUUCUGCGAGCCCCCAUCCAAAAUCUGAUGUUGCUUUCCUGCGGCUUCCCGUGCCAUCGCACAGGGGCAAUGCCCUGCAAUGGGAACCUCGUAACGCACAGAGCCAAUCAGCACUGCAGUCGUAGGAUAGGAAGAGAUGCAAUAAGUGGUCUUCGUGUUGCCUGAAGCCUAUAAGUGGAAUUUUUUUUUGUUGUCAUUUGGGGGUUUUCCUUUCUUUUGUCCCCCCUUCCCUUGAAUUCGGACUGCUCAUUGUCCCUCCCCCCUUGAGAAACGUUUCCUGCACUGAUGCAAUACGCACACGGGUGCUCAGGCACCCUCCUCACCAGCCCCCAUGCCUGCCCCCAGUUUAGGAUGUGGUGAGCACAGAGCGUUUCAGCCUGAGAAGCACAGGUGUGGCUGCCUGCCGGCUGGGUUUAGAGUCUCUCACGCAGGGGUAGUGGUGAAAAAUAAGUUUCCACUGGAGUUUUAUUUUUUUAAUGGAAAGGUUUUGUUUGUUUGCAGCACCCAGGGGUGAGGAGCGGCCAAGGAGAGCUCGCUCUGUUCAGGGACUGAGGCUGCUCUGGGUGCAGAGAAGGGACCCCGUGCCCCUUGCUGCUGGGGCACAGCCCAGAGAAACUGGGAGCAAAGGGUAUAUUAGGGUAGGCAAUAAGUAAGGAGGAGAUUUAUUUUUCUAAGAAGUAUAUAGCUCUAGAAUGUCCCCCAGUAGCUGCCUGUGAGUACCGUGGGAAGAUGCUAAACAUGAAGAGUUUGAUGAUGAAAUGCCCUUUUGCUUUUUUUGCACAGAUUUGCCCCAUAAAAUCUUGCUGUUCAGGGUGGGAUACCAGGUUUCCCAGCUGGAAUCCAAUGGGCUCUUAGGAGAGGAGCCGAUGUUUCCGAGUCUGGGCUGAAUGCAGAGGACAAUCCCAGGUGUUAGGUUUGAUGCUGCCCCAAAGAUGAGGUUCAUCCCCAAUCCUCAUCAGCGCAGCUCGCUGGGCUGAAUGAUGAGCUCUAUCAUUGUUUGUAGCCUAGCCCUGAAGCCCUUUUCUGUUCUAUCUCAAUCCGUCCCGACAAUCUCAAGCAAUAUGAACCAAACUCAGCCUUCGGGCACCAUUCCUCAUCCUCGGAGCCGUGCCCGUCACAGUGCGGGCUGUGGGCCGUAUGAAUGUGAGAGAGAAGAAGGUGAAAGCAAUGCAUUUCUUGAGAAAGGUGUAAGAAUUUCACCUAAAAAGGGGCACAUCUGCUUUGUUAUUUAUAAUAAAAGCUAAAUUCUUUUUCUUUUUUUUUUUUUUUCUUCUAUUUUUUUCUUUCAAUGAACUAAAAGGACACCGCUAAUAAUGAUUAGGGGCCGCUUCUGCCCCCUUCCUCGUGCUGAGUAAGUACUGCUGAACUCUGUGUUUUUCUGCUCGCAGAGUAAGUCAGAGCGGCAGAGUUGAUCCCUCUGUGAUUACGAAUCCAGUUUUUAGUCUGAUUGUUUUUAAUUGGUGGCUGUUUUUUAUAUUUCAUUUUUUUUGUUCCCCCCCUCCCUGGUUCCGUUCCGUUGUGUCCUUAUUUAUGUAAUAUACUUUAACCUUAAAAGAUGGCGUGGAUUCCCAUGCCUUUCCUUUAUUAUUAUUGUUAUUAUUUUUAAACAGAGAUUUAUUUCUAGUGUGAUUUAACUGUCUACCUUCUAAAACAAGAGGAUGUUUUCUUGUAUUUUUACAUUGUCAGAUUCUAUAGUUUCAUAGAUAAUUUAACCAAAUCGCUCGAUGUAUUAUCUAUAUCUAUCCGGUGGGUAUAAAAGUUCUAUUUUAAAUUGUGUAAAUACUUCAGAACUGGCUUCUUUUUCCAGACUCCCCUGCUGCGGAGUUACUUGUUUACAUCACAAAGACUGUAGAAUCUCUACGCUCAUGUACUGUAAAUAGUGAAGUGAUCUGCCUAUAAAUAAACGAUAACAUAUAUACUACAAACUGGGAAACAAA